AUGGUUACAAGUAUGCUCUUGAAAACUGCUACUGCAAAAGUGGGUGCAGGAACAGGCUACAAGGUAGUUUUCGUACCAUUUGGAAGCGAUAAUCGACCUCUGGGCUACUAUGAAGAUUUUCUCUAUGGAUUCUUGGUUGAUCCAUCCGGACCUCGAACAUUCGGUCGACCAGUCGGCAUACUUGAGAUGAAAGAUGGCAGUCUCUUGUUUAGUGACGAUGGCAAUGGACGUCUUUAUCGUAUUGAAUAUACAGGAAGCAAAUGA